UGUAUCCGUGUAGCAUACAUAAUAGAUCGACCCCCAUCAAGAAAAGACUCACGUCGCCACCUGCUAUUUGUCCGCACCCUCUUUGUUUCCAAACGAUUCCUUCCUUUCCCUUCUCUAUUUUAGAGAGAGAAGGAAAGACCAGGAAAUGCUGAGUAACUGUGACAAGACGAGCAUUCUUGUCUUCCCUUCUUCUUCAACUGCUAACGAGUGGACGCAGGUGACCCUCGCUUCGCUCUCGAAUUUUUCAGUUUCAUUUUUCUUUAUUUCUUUCUUUUUGAGGUCUUUUGGCCAAGACACAAUUAUUAGACAAGCGAGAACAUGGCCCCUCCAAUGUUUUUUGUUGGAUCGGAUGAUAGAUGAGAAGUGCUUGAACAGCAGCAGCAUGGCUUCCACAGGUGCUCCUCUCAUGGAGAAGAACACGCCACCCCAGCAGCAGCAGCAGCAGCAGCAGCAGCAACAUCAACCUCUGAAUUGUCCUAGGUGCGAUUCGUCCAACACCAAGUUCUGCUACUACAACAACUACAGCUUGACGCAGCCCAGGCACUUCUGCAAGUCCUGCAAGCGGUACUGGACCCGCGGUGGAACCCUAAGGAACGUCCCCGUCGGCGGCGGCUGCCGCAAGAACAAGCGUGUCAAGCGCCCCGCCUCAGCCUCGGCCUCGGCCUCAGCUGCCGACACUGGUCCUUCGUGUUCCGCUAGAGCUCCAUCAGAUCAUCAUCCCCCUCCUCAUCAGACCCACAUGGAGAAUUUCUCUUCAAGUGGCUCAAACCAUAACAGCAACCCGAUGAGUUUGGGCCCUUUGUUUUAUGGUAACCCAACUGAUCAAAUGAACAAUAAUCUCGCAUUUUCUAGGCUCACUUCUUCUUCUUCUGUGUAUGAUCUGCAUCCUCAGUUGGGUGCUCUGGGGCGAGGGUUUUCGUCUUCUGCGAUCAUCCCUGCAAAUUCUUGUGCAGACACCAGCAGUUUCCAAGAAGGUUUUAAUGCCAAUAACGCCUCAGGCCUCAGUGUUCAAGAUUUGGCUCCAAUCACGAACCCGCUUCAUCUUCCCAGCUACUGGUUUGGCACUUCUUCAUCACCGUCAUCUUCCUCUUCGUGUUCCACCACCACCACUGUUCCUACCAUGGCUUCUCUGAUUGCAUCUAGCGUUCACCAUCAGCAGCAGAAAUUCAUCAAUGCCUCAGGCCUGAGAGAAUCUAGAGGACUAGUCCAUAGUGGUUUCAAGCCAUUGUCUCCAUUGGAGGAGUUUCAAAGGCUUCGCAGCAACGGUGAAGUCAAGAUUGAACAAGGCCAAAGCAGGAGCAUUGGGUGGAGUGGGAGUAUUCCGUGCCAGAACCCGGUGGAUCAAAUCGGGGUAUUGCCCGAUCCGGGAUCGGUUUGUUGGAGCUCAUUAAACGUGGGCAAUUCUUGGCAUGAUCCCACUAGUAUUGGUCUUCAUCAGUCCCUUAUUUGAUCUCAGCCCCAAGAAGAAAGAAAGGGAAAACCGUCAUUCUUCAGCCACAAAUCUCCCUCUCUUUCUUAGUGACUUCGGGCUUCUUUCAGCUUUCUGAAACUACCCUAGCUAGGUGUGUGAUUUCCUUCCUUUUGGGGUUUUCUUUUCUUUCUUGAUCUUAUGGUUUGGAGGGGUUUUUCUUAGAGAUUGGCUAAAGGAAAAAAUAAAAGAAAAUACAAAGAAUGUGAAGUGAUUCCUGGUGAGAGAAGCUUGGAUCGGAGCGAUCAUGUCAGCUGCAUAAAGAAAAAAGAAAGAAGAAAGAAGAAGGAACUUCAGCCUGUUUGGUUUUAUCAGUCGCAGGUUGAGACAGAACAAUCUUUCUUAUUGCGCUGAGAGGAACCUCGGAUCCUCUUCAUGUCUCAUCACCAUCAUCGACACCACCAUCAUCAUCAUCAUCACCAUCACUGUGGAGUUGCCUGGGGAUUUCUUGAAGAAAGGACCUUUGGCUUUUGCAUCUUUUUUAUCUAGUGCUGUAAGUUGGUCAUCGGCGUUUCCCUUUUUCCCUUUUUGAUGUUUUUCCACGUGUAUGUACACAUUUGCAUAACUUAGUUUGCACUUUAAUUCCUAGUCUUUGGGGAUACUUUAAAUUGGAGGUAUACAAUGUCUUCAAUGGGAUCAUUGGACUAAUCUAUUUAUCAUCUUUACUUUCGCU